AUGCUUGGCAGCGGGAAUGAAUCCAUUAAAUCCAUCCGAAAACGAAUAUCCCUUUAUGGAAAGCCCGCCCGCCAAAUCAUCCAAAUCAGGAAGCCAAGUGGACGAUCCAGUCCUCAGUCGGGUUUAGAUUUGAAACUCAUUUGCUCGCCCUCGGCGAUCCAACCCCCAGCCGUCUUCAGCGCAGAAAUCCUUAACCCGUCAGCCGCCUGGGUAACCAACUACACUCGCACUAUCCCAGCCAAAUUCAACUACAACCACGGCGACGUCGACUUGCACAAUGCAGAGUUCUGCAACAUCACAGUCACCUACACACACCCGGGGCACGACGACCGUAUCACCGUGGAGACCUGGCUCCCACGCCACGGCUGGAACGGCCGCCUACAAGCCACCGGCGGCGGAGGCUGGCAGGCCGGUCGCUUCGUGCUGUCACAGUUCUUCAUGAGCGGAGUGAUCGGCGAGGGUUACGCGACGACGACGACCGACGCGGGGCUAGGCGAUGCGGUCUUUCCCAACGCCUGGGCGCUUAAAAGCCCCGGCAACGUCGACUACGGCUGCCCUGCACAAUCUUGGAUCGCGCUUGUUGAACGACCAAGCGGUCAUCGGCAAGAGCCUGGUCCACAGCUUCUACGGACGGGAGCCAGACUACUCCUACUGGAGUGGCUGCUCUCAGGGAGGGCGACAUGGGUUGAUGCUAGCGCAGCGACCAAGUUUGUCUCCGCGGUAUAUUACCCGCUGUUGAUGCGGGAGUGGCGCGGAAUCAUUCUGCUGGCGUGCGAGUCGAAUUUCCUGCCGGCGGAGGCUAUCGCCCACUGUGAUCCGAAGGAUGGGGUUGUGGACAGGAUCAUCUCCAACAUGAUUGCGUGUGAUCACAGCCCGUACACGUUUGUUAACCAGAACUUCCACUGUCCCGCCCUGAAUCGAACAAAUGCGCUCAGCGAAGGCGCCGCGAUCAUCGGUGAUGCCGCUUGGUCCGGGCCGCGGACGAAGGAUGGCAAGUUCCUCUGGUACGGGGUGAACCCCGGCUCCGACAUCAGCAGCUAUGGAUCCGUGCCGGGGCAAAACAGCACCCAGGUGGAUGUCUGGUUCAACCUGUUCGUGGCCAAGAACGCCAGCUUCGAGACGAGCAAGAUGACUCGCGCGGAGUACGAGCGGGCCUUCCACCUCGCCAGCCAGGAGUAUACCGAUUUCAUGAACGCAGCGGUUCCCGACUUGAGCGAGUUCCGCAAGGCAGGCGGAAAGCUCAUCACGUAUCAUGGCUUGUUCUAUCGCUUCUUCGAGGCCCCCGGGUUAAGGCAUUGCUCGGGCGGUGUGGGAGGGCAGCCUAUUACGACGCUCGAUGCCCUAAGGCUGUGGGGGGAGAAUGGGACGGCCCCUGAGACUCUGCCCGUGCAGUACGCAGGGUUCAAUGGCACGAAGCAGUCGCGCAUCCUGUGUUCUUACCCUGCGCAGACGAAGUACAUGGGAGGCGAUGCUUCUUCUGCGGAGAGUUUCCGCUGUGUUUAA